GGCUGUCUUCCCCUGCGUCUCGUUACUGCUAAGCUUUGGAAGGUUUCAACUCUUUGUAUACGAUGAGGUUUCUGCUCCUAGUAGCAGAUCCGCGCAUAUGACUAGAUGUUUGAGGAAAAGAAAAGGGCAAGACGCUAUAUAUAUAUGCAGCACGCAGUCGCACAUAUAUUCAGUUUUCCAAUCUGCCUCUUGCUUUAUGAUAAUUCAACUUGCGCUGAUUAUAUUCUUGGCUACCUAGAAAUGUCUAAUUAAACUUUGUUUGCUAGCUAGAUUUUGUUGCUUCCUUUCGCAUCUGAUCUUUUUAUCUCUUCUGAGUGCUCCGCAAAGCCUUCCAGUGUUGAAGAAGCUGCUGGAAGAACGAAGAGAUGAGCUUUCUCUUGAAGGAAAAAGAGAUGAUCAUUGCUGCUGGUAUCGCCAGCAUGGGUAGGGGAAGGAUUGAGAUCAAGAGGAUCGAGAACAACACGAGCCGGCAGGUCACCUUCUGCAAGCGCCGCAAUGGGCUCCUCAAGAAGGCGUAUGAGCUCUCCGUCCUCUGCGACGCUGAGGUGGCCCUCAUCGUCUUCUCUAGCCGUGGUCGCCUCUACGAGUAUGCCAACAACAGUGUCAAGGCUACUAUUGAGAGGUACAAGAAGGCACACACCGUUGGCUCUUCCUCUGGGCCACCGCUCCUAGAGCACAAUGCCCAGCAAUUCUACCAGCAAGAAUCAGCAAAACUGCGCAACCAGAUCCAGAUGCUGCAAAACACUAACAGGCACUUGGUUGGUGAUUCCGUGGGAAACCUGUCACUCAAGGAGCUGAAGCAGCUGGAGAGCCGCCUUGAGAAAGGCAUCUCUAAGAUCAGGGCCAGGAAGAGUGAGCUGCUGGCUGCGGAGAUCAGUUACAUGGCCAAAAGGAUUGAGGAGGGAGAGCAACAGCUGCAGCAGGUGACCGUGGCACGGUCAGUUGCAGCAGCAGCAGCAGCUGCCACCAACUUGGAGCUGAACCCAUUCUUAGAGAUGGAUACCAAAUGCUUCUUCACUGGCGGCCCCUUCGCAACGCUGGACAUGAAGUGCUUUCUCCCCGGCAGCUUGCAGCAGAUGCUGGAGGCACAGCAGCGCCAGAUGCUCGCCACCGAGCUGAACCUCGGCUACCAACUGGCGCCGCCUGGUUCUGACGCUGCCGACAAUAACCCUCAUCAUCAGUUCUAAACUGGAUGCAUGCACGAGAAGCUUUUCAAGCGAACUGUGAACGAUGGAAGCUGGCUGUUGCCUCUAGAUGUUCUUGGCUUCCAUGACCUAGCUUAUUAUGGUGUGUAUUGUUGUUGCCUUUUGUGUGUGAUUCUCCUUGCUACUCUACUGAUGGAGAACUAAACCUAAUCGAUUGGACAUAAUGAUCAAAUGCUACAGAUCCUGUGAUGCUGUGAUCAGGUUAAGGCAAAACAUGUAUACUGAUUGCUUAAAUGGGUUUACGAGUGACGACAAUGCUAUUUGUUGCUUCUAUUA